AUUUACUUCCUCUUCCAUGGCAAGUCGUGCAAAUAGAUAUUUAAACAAACGAAAAAGGAAAACUCCGAUGCAGUCACGAUUGCGUGAGAUAUGGACCGGGAUCCUGACCAUAAAGCCUGGAUGUCUCUCCGCCUGUCCCGGGUCCUGGACGAUAUUGGCGCCAACCGCCGGGUAGUGAUGAAAAGACGGGAUACAUUCCUGCUUAGAGAGGCGAUAGAGACACUGACUGAUAAAUUAGAUGGUUUAAACAGUACAAUGUUUCAUUUCGGCAGCCAGUCAGAGGGAUCUACAACACCAGGAAUGAAUUCAGAUAUUGAUAUGCUUAUCUGUUCGGUUGGCAUAAACAUGAUGUCAGAAUGGGCAGACUGGGAGGCAGGGAGAAAUAACUUGCUGAUGGUGAAGGAGGAGUCAACUCCAACACAACACUACUGGCUACAGUGUAUCAGACAAGACUUUCCAGAACCUGUGAGAUAUAACGGACAAGAAGGAACCGUACCUUAUGUAGAUGGACGAGUGUUUUUCAGUAAUAAAAUCUGGCAAGAUGAAGGUAAACGCAGAUUGGGAAAGAGGUUUGUAAGCAGUGGUCCUUCGAUUAGUUCUACGGUAGAGUGGGAUUUUGUUUUCGCUUACAAAUGUAAAUUUCUCCCAUCGGAAGUCGAACGGUGGUUUGAUCGCUCCAGACGUGGACAUUGGCCAACACCGAAAAUGUUGCAAGACGCAAGGGAUUGUUCUUGUUUUCUUCUUCCCGAUGGACACUUUGAGAGUAUGAACAAAAAAAUUGAAUGGCGAAUAUCACCAAGUCAGAUAGAAAGAAUUCUUAUGUUUAGCUUAACCAAUGUGCAGUUAAAAUGUUACGUUGUCAUGAAGAUGAUUAAACAAUACAUUAACGAACAGUGUUUAAGUGAUUUUAGUAAAUUAACCUCGUUUCAUUGCAAAACUGUUAUGUUCUUUACAAUACAGAGAGUAUCACCAGCGGAAUGGAGAGAAGAUCGGCUCUUACAAUGCCUUAGUUAUUGUAUUCAAACACUACAAAUGUUUUUGUUGAAAGGUAAUUGUCCGCAUUAUAUAAUUUCCGAAGUCAAUCUAUUCGAAGGGAAAAUAACUCGCCGAGAGCAAAAUUCAUUAAAGGAAAUUGUAGGAGAAUUCAUGAAUUGUAUACUACCAAUAUUGUUCAAAAUACGAAUGGAUAGCUUAGGAAUGCGGAUGCAAAACCCUCAAAGCAGCAUAAUGGAAAGACGAUUUACAGUAAUCAGGAGGAUAAAUAAUGGAUUAGCAGUUGAAUUAAUAAAACAUACAAGUUUGUUAUUCUUAAGAAUCGCAAAUAAAGUAUCAAUUCCUGUACAUAUUCAACGGGUCUUUGCUGCAUUAUAUGUGAUGGAGGAUGACGAUAAUACCCAUGCUUUAUCACGUUAUGAGCGAUUGGCGAUGUGUAUUCUUAAACCGCACAUUUACUCCUUGCUCGCAUCAAUUAUCUCGUCUUAUUAUAUUGAACAUGACAUUUCAUACAGACAAGAACUAUUUACUCUCUAUGAACGUUCUUUUGACACCGACGUGGCAUCCAGCAGACUGAAACUGGCGUCCAUGUUGUACUGUCGGGGAGAACUUCAAAAGGCGGCGGACGUGCUGAAUGACGUUGAACGUAGAUAUGAUGACAAUGUAAAGGCUUUGUGUGGGUGUGGAACGAAAUAUGAAGGUGAAGAGAUGUCCGAGUUAUUAAGUGAAAUAACAAUGACCGAUUGGAACUACGAUUCUAUUAUACGUAAAGUUGCCCUCUGCGUUAGGUUUACACGUUCAGAAGCUUUCUGUGUACCACCAAUUUUAUUAUAUGAAAUGAAUAGGGCAAUGCAUGACGAAGUUCAACAAAGAACGGGAAGUGAUGAAUUCUGGAUGGAUAUGGCCGUAGUAGACUCUCGACAAUAUCUCUUGUAUAUGCAGUAUCUUACGUACGGAGACCUGGGACUACGCCUCAGGCAGUUAAAUGCAUUUCAAAACUUGAUGGACUGUUUAAGAAGUGAAGAGAAUAUACGUAAAAUGCAUCACUUUGAAACUGCCGCCAACUUGAUUGGCCACUGCUGGGAGAUGGAGGGAAACCUUGAGAAGGCACUCAGUUUGUACAUGAGUUCAAUUAGCAUAGUGCCUAGAAAUAACGCAGCCAACUGUCACAUCAGAAGACUGAUAAACAAUAUGUAGUGAGGGGAUUGUGUAUUUAGGGAAAAACAUGGAGAACUAGGGCGAAAACAUGAAUAAAUAGGACGAAAACAUGUUAAAAUAGUGUGUAAACAUUGGAAAAUAGGGCGAACACAUUGAGAUAUGGUGCGAACACAUGGAAAAAUAGGGCAAAAUCAAUAAAAAAAUAGGGUGAACAUAUGGAGAAAUAGGGCGAAAACAUGGAAUUAUAGGGAAAAAAAACAUGAAUAAACUUGAGACAAAUGCACAUAUUAAGCGUUUUUUCCUGUUGAUUUCCAACUGACUGUUUUGUUAUGACAUUCAAGUAUCAUGUUCGCUAGUAAAUAGAAACAGCCUUGAAUGAAAAAAGUCCAUGUCGCAAUACAUAUACAUA